GAUCUUCUCCAAGAAAUCUGUUCUGAAGAGUUCUUCAUUGUCUGUCGAUAUGGCGAGCGGAUAUCGCCUUCUUCUUCCAACGUUAGCCGCGUUCCUCUCGCUACUGGCGAGCGGCCAUGCCGCGGCAGCUAGGUACACUAAAUCGGAAGAAUUCGUGAACGAUGCAGCUGCAGGAACUGUCGAUAUUGAUUGGACCACUGUUGUCGCCAUCAGCAAACUACCACCACACUCCAGGUAGUGGUGAACCCGUUGCUGCGCCGUGAGUCGCCGGUCCACCGACGCCAUGUAUCAGAGUCUCUCAGAGCUGAAGGCAGACUACGUACGCUAUGUCCCCUGGCUUCCAUACCCCAAACUGGGGGUGGCCGAACUGGACCCGCCGUCUGGAACCAACCUCUGCAGGAUGAUGUCCGGUGAGGAGGGCAACAAUGAAACAACAUCGCUGUCCUGCGGCACCGGGAAAAUAUCUAAGAUUGACUUUGCCAGCUACGGCACACCCACUGGCAGUUGUGGUAGCCUGGUGCUGGGCAAGUGUCACGCGGAGAACUCCACCAGCAUCGUGUCGAGCUAUUGCCUGGGAAAGUCCCAGUGCACGAUACCCGUGAAUAGCGACGUGUUUGGUGAUCCGUGCGUCAACACCGUCAAGCAGUUUGCUGUACAGGUUGAAUGCAAUCCACCGAUGAACCAUACCUACUGGGAUUUCUCUGUUAUUGAUCCGAUGACUGAAGACUUUAUGAAUGCAACGCAGGACCACACGGUCAUUAUCAACUUCUCCACUAUACCGGCCUGGCUGUACAAGACACCGGCACGUGUCGUCUAUCCUGAUAAUCCCGACCGUGAAUCUAGCCCCGGCUACACACAGGGCACUGAGCUAGUGGAUGAGACUGGACAAGACCUCGGGGACUACUAUGGACGACUGGUGAGUUACUAUACACAGGGUGGGUUCACGGAUGAAUACGGUGUGCAGCAUAAAUCAGACUACAACUAUGAUUUCCAAUACUGGGAGUGCCUCAACGAAGUGGAGUCGGAGCACCGCAACACGCCAGAGACCUACACCAACGUCUACGACUACAUGGUGCAGGGCAUCCGUCGCCAUGCCGACCCGGAGCGCAAGAUGAAGUUCGUCGGCAUGGCGUUGGAGGGACACCACGAGUACAGCUGGUACACGUACUUUCUGAACAUUUCCAAUCAUGUCUCCCACGACAUCCCCCUGGACAUUGUCAGCUUCCACUUCUACGCUAGCUGCUCAUCCAGAACAGACCCGACCACGUACACACAGUUUUUCUCACGUGCUGACGGAUUUGUUGAUGAGUGCAAGCAGAUUGUAGCCAUCCGAGAUGCUCUAUCGCCGCACACAUUGCUGGACGUGGAUGAGACGGGUGUGAUUCUGCCUGGUGACAAUAGUCCCAAUGCACCCAUGUUUCCACUGGUCUACUACAACGCAGCCGGUGCCAUGUACGCAUAUCUGUUUGGAAAGCUUGCCGAGAUUGGUGUUGAAAUCCUCGGCGAAAGCCAGCUGGUCGGUUACCCGGAGCUGCCAGAGUUGCACCUUCAGCCACAGUACCCCAGCGUAGCCAUGCUGAACUGGACCAAUGGCCUGGGAAACGCUAGAUAUCACGUACUCAAGGUUCUCAUUGAGAACUUCCGGCCCGGUGAUAAGCUGGUCAUGACGCAGGUUUCUCAAGCCUCAUCAGUUGGUGAUAACUUCUGCGGUGAUAUACUAAACUUGAACACGAUGACCAUUCAGUGUACAGAUGCGGACGCCACCGUGGACAAGAUUCUCUUCGCAUCCUACGGCACAGUCCAAGGAAAUGCAUGUGGAAACUAUAGUGUCGGCACGUGCAAUGCAGCAAACAGCACUGACAUUGUGGAGAAGGCGUGUUUGGGGAAGAACAUGUGCAGCAUCGACGCCAACACACCGUUGUUUGGUGACCCAUGUUACGACGUGGUGAAAAACCUUGUUGUGGAGGCGCACUGCAGCAAGGGAUCGGGCACAGCAAGCGGAGGUCAGUCAUCGAACGUCUACGCUCAGGCGUUCAUGGCAUUUGACGGCUCACGUCACCGUGUGUUGCUGGUGAACAAGACGCCCGAUUCGCUGAGUGUCAUUGUGCCUGGAGCAAGCGGAUCUACGGCUAUCAUCGUUGAUGAUACUCGUCCUACUGGUCCUGCUAUCAACACUAAACUUACCAGUGAUACUGUGCAAAUGAGACCCUAUGCUGUCUUUGUUCUUAUCAUGUCAUCGUAGCCGUGAUGCAGCUAUUGAUCAAUGACAGCAUGUGUGUGUGUGUGUCAGUCUUUUUGUCUUUCUCGAUGAAUUAUCACAGCUUGCAGGACCCUAGCAUGGAACUCCUACAGACAAUCGUAACCAGAGCAAAUUACUCUCUAGUCCCCUACAUUGAUUGUAUUAUCUAGACCGGCCGCUAUGAGCCCGUUUUGUUUUGGCUUUUUGCCCCCUCCCCGAUACUGUACGGUAAACAGUG